GUAAGCGCUUUAAGAAAUCCUAGUCAGUAUGUUGUAACAAUACCAACUUUUACUAUCACUCUCCAAAUGACAGGUGAGUAUUAACAGGUUGUGGGUUUAUAUGUUAUGUAUGUUGAUGGAGGCGGAAAGACACGGGCAAACUGAACUUUAUAGAUUAACUCAACAUGUCUGUGGAGAGGUCGAAAUCCUCGCAGUUUACCUUCCAGUCAUCCGUGCACAGUUCUCACGUUCUGCAAUGUCUAAAUGAGCAAAGGAAGAAAGAUCUUCUGUGUGAUGUCACGGUUGUGGCGGAGAACCACAGUUUCCGAGCCCACCGUGCGGUUCUGGCCACGUGCAGUGAUUUCCUCAGUGCUCGGGUAUGUGGUAUUACCACGCCCGAAGGACUUGUCAUCAACCUUCCUGAUGAGGUGACUGCAGAGGGAUUCGAACCCUUACUGGAGUUUGCCUACACCUCUAAACUUACCUUUACCAAAGAGAACGUGCUUGAACUUCGUAACUGCGCUUCUGUCCUUGGUUUCAAGAACUUGGACAAAGCCUGCUUUGACUUCCUUCUCCCCAAGUUUUUCGACAGCAGCAGAAGUGCGUCCAACAUCCAGAGGAAGCGAUGCUGCAAGACCAAAUGCUGCAAAGGGCGGGAGGCUUUGGUUGGCGGGGAUGACGUCAUCGAUGAAGAUAAAACCAUACCUCAGCCCUCACAGUCUCUACUUCAGGAAAAGGAGGCAUCAUGUCCUUCUUCUACGCCUAUUGAGGAUGUACUAGGAAGUGACAAUGGCCAAACUGAGAAACAUACAACCUACUCCCUCUUAUGUCCCAAAUACAGAAAGUUUCAAAGAGCUUGCGGGAGGGAGCGAUCGUGUCCCGAUGUCUGUGGCUUGGAAUCCGUCCCCACGUCUCUUGCGAGACCAGAAGACAGUUGUCCCCUAAGCUGCCCUCCUUUCUCAAGCAAUGGAGACUGUAGCCAAUCAUCACAAUCUAUUUGUGACUUGGGUAAUGAAGGAAUGUCCUCUGUCUCAGGAACGAAUGAUGCCGCGAUUAACUACAACAGUAACACUGAAUCUUGCCCAUCGUACCAAAGCGACACCAUUAGGAGCAGAGAAGAGAUAGAAGUAGCCAAACAGCUCACGGUCUGGCCGGAUGUUUGUCCCACCGAGGCGUCUCCGUCCAGCCUAGACACGGAGGAGAAAACUUCCAGGUGUCAAAUGAACUGUCACCUGGAUCCCAUGACAAUGGAGUGUCCGUUUCUGCUGAGCUUUGGCGCAGUGGGUGCUCAACUACACCAUGUUGAUGUUGGAGCCACGUCUCAGGGUAGUCCUUACAUGCUCUCUAACCAAUCAGGGGAGGACUCUGAUAGUUUUGACACAGAGGGGGAUAGUGAGUCUUACAGCAAUGAAAAACUAUCUGAAAUGGCUCUGCCGUUCUCUGUGGAGCAGAUUGUGUCGCUGAACAGGAAUGAUUUCCAGCAGAUGAUAAAGCAGCAGUGCUUGACACGGGAGCAGCUCGAUUUCGUGCACGACAUCCGCAGGCGGAGCAAGAACCGUAUUGCGGCCCGUCGAUGUCGCAAGAGGAAACUCGACUGCAUUUUCAACCUAGAGUGUGAAAUUCAAAAACUGAGGAACGAACACGAGAAGCUGACGGCCGAAAGGAUUCAGCUGAAUCAGAUGAAGCUAAAGACCUGGCAGUGUUAUUCCGGUCUAUACGAUAGGGUUUGUGCCGAAGCAGCCCUCAAACCAGAGCAACUUCAGGUGCUGGCCAAAUAUUCCUCUCCAGACUGCCCACUGUCAGCUUUCCUCUGCCCCUCCUCAGACCUCUCUCAGAGCCCCGACCUCCAGCCCCUGACUUCAGGCUACUCCCCGCAUUUCUCUGCACGCACCUGCUGCUCUGAAGCCAACGCACCUGUCGAUUCCUUAAUAGAAACCACAGCUGGUGUUCCUCAAUCAAGCUUUAUAAACCUCUUGCCUACAAGGCCCACCGAAUCUCAGUCACAAACCUGUCAGGCUAACAGCUCGCCUUCUGAGAAAACGGUGUGCGGUUCAAUCAUAAAACUUAGCACGGAUCUCAUCAACAACCAGGAAACGGACGAAUAACCAAAUAGAACAUAUUCAGGUUGAAGGACCACAAAAACUCAAUGAAGAUUUUAUUUUUAGAUAAACAGACUCUUUUGUAAGUCACGCAAACUCGACGCAGAUACAUUUAACAAAAGUGAUCACUAUUAUUCUUGUGUGAUCGCAGGUUGUACAUCUGAUCUUUUUUUUACUUUUGUGUGCACUGAUUGCUUAUCAGUGUUAGGUAUUCCUCCACAUAAAUCAAUCAUGUUUUUAGUCUUAAAGGUGCAGUGUUUUAGAAGGAUCUCUUGACAGAAAUGCAAAAUAAUAUACAAAACUAUAUUAUCAGGGGUGUAUAAAGACCUUUCAUAAUGAACCAUUGUGUGUUUAUUACUAAAGAAUGAGACGUUUUUAUCUACAUAUACCGAGGGUCCCCUUACAUGGAAGUCGCCAUUUUGUGCCACCAUGUUUGUACAGAAGCCCUUAAUGGACAAACUUUUUUACUAAGUUGUCUCCGAUGACAUGGUUGUCCGGUGGCGGCUACCGUAGCUUCUUUAUGUGCUUAAUAAACGAGGGGUAAACAGUGAACUGAGCCAUUGGUUGCAAUUCACCACUAGAUGCAGCUAAAAUUUACACACUGCACCUUUAACACGCACGUCAACAGAAUACCCACAGUGACCCUGCCUGUGAAAACCCCAGCUAAAGUAAUUUACUGUUUUCAACAUAAAAUCAUUCGGUGAAAAUAUAACCUUGAUAUCUUUAAUAUUGACUAAGGUCAUGUCAAUGACUGAAAUCAAACUUUGAUGCUCCUAAUCGAAUUUAUUUAUUCGAUUAUGAGACUUUAGCCUAGAUUGCACAGACAGGGUCACAUUUAAUCUGCCUCAAUUCACAGGAUAAAGAUUUCGAGACUAGUACACAACACACCUCAAUAUUUCUCCCAAUAUUUUCUUUAUGUUCUCAGGGUGACACUGCAUUCCAGGUAAUAGGUGCUGUAAUAGGAACCAAAUAUCUGUUUUUGUUGAAGCUGUGACGUAAACCAAAUCAUAUAUUAGGAAAAUAUUUAGAGUCUUAAAGUAAAUGCUGAGGCGUUCAGAACUGCACACGCUGUAGUUUCUUUCAAUUGUUGGUGUUUGUUGUCAUUGGUUCUGAUGGCCAUUUGCCAGCAAAAAGUUUUCAUUAUAAAUGUUGUCUUUGAACAAACACAAAGAAGAUGAUGUACGUAUUACAGAUUUAUAAACUGGAUAAUUCCACUCUUCAUUGCUUGGGCCCAAUUUAUAUAAUCCCUCGGUUUCACAGACAAGGCUUAAAACUAGUCCUAGACUAAAACACAAGUUUGAGCUGUCUCAACUGAAAAUAACUUGCACUGACACAGCUUAAAAAUUGCAACUAGCAUUGAUUUGUCUUAAGAUACACACUAGUAACAUCUUUUUAUAAGGCAGGUUUAUAAAAGAUCAUAAUUUAACUAAACCCUAGUCUUGGCUUUAGCUAAGCCUUGUUUAUGAAACCAGGCAGAUACCUCUUAAGAAACAGCUUAAUAAAUGAAGUUAAUAAAUAAAAUGUGUGAGUUUUUCCUACUGGAUGUCUCAAUGUUUAUGUCUAAUAUUCAGGGUUACCACGGGUCCUUGAAAUCCUUGAAAGUUUGUGAAUUUGGGGGGGAUUCAAGGCCCUUGGAAGUUUUUGAAAAUAUUCAUACAUAGAUUGAAAGUGCUUGAAUCUAUUUGAUGCAAGAAUUUUCUGGGAAAAAAUCCAUAUAAUUCCCUGUAUAGUGUAGGAAAAUAUCAUAAAAUUCUAGAU